GUGAUGACGUAAUUAGCUGUCGACUCCCCCGACAGCGGCACCUUGCUCAAAACAAUAUGCGAGCAAACAAAUAAGAGCUAUAAAUGGAUAAUAAAAAGCGCAAAGGUGGCGCUGAAAAGGCUAGAAUAAAAAAAGAAAAGAAAGCUCUCGAAACUGACGCGGCCAAAUGUACGAAGCUGAGUACAUAUUUCCUUAAAACCAUUGAGACAAUACAAAUGAAGACGAUGAGUCGGACGGUAAGCUAACAGUAAGCUAACGGUAAGCUAACGGUAAGCUAGUGCAAAACAACGUUGUUUGCAAACCACCGUUCAUGUUUAUGUAGCAAACUUUUUCUUGUAGCUCUUCAGCAGCAGCAGCCUCUAGUCCAGUUUGCUGCUAACAGUGAAGAGCCAAGCUCAGUAACGUUACCAAGCACCGGUCAUGAGCCCAACACACCAGAAAGGGCAGGACAGCGUGAAACAGUGUGCAAUGAUGUGCAGGAGCAGUAGCCCACUGGGGAUUAUAGCACUCCACUCCACGAUAUACAACAGCACAGCUGUCUGAGUUAACGUGACCCUGAGCUCACGUCCCUCUGAGUCAAAGGGUGUCUUACAUAUAUGUUGAAUCAGUGAUGGUGGAGGAGGUGCUGUGCGCGCGGAACGGGAGCGCGGAGAGCGCGCAGAGGGCGCAGAGAGCUGGCAUGCUGCUGCUGCUGGAAUCCGCAACUCCCACCACCACCACCAUCACCACAGUUGCUAUGGUGCAUGAGCCCCCUCAGCUCUUCCCCACAGUAGACGUCCCUGAUCAUGCACAUUACACUAUUGGUGCUGUAAUCUUCGCCAUCGGCAUCACUGGCAUUGUGGGCAACUUUCUGGUCAUCUACGCUUUCACCAGGAGUCGUACUCUAAGGACACCUGCCAACAUGUUUAUAAUAAACCUGGCCAUCACAGACUUCUUCAUGUGUGCCACCCAGACUCCAAUAUUCUUCAUAACCAGUAUGCACAAGAAAUGGAUCUUUGGAGAGAAAGGUUGUGAGCUGUAUGCAUUCUGUGGGGCUCUGUUUGGGAUCUGCUCUAUGAUCACCCUCAUGGUCAUCGCAGUAGAUCGCUACUUUGUCAUCACGCGACCCCUGAGCUCCAUUGGCAUGCUGUCCGAGAAGAGGGCGCUACUUGUCCUGACAUGUGCUUGGGUGUAUUCUCUGGGCUGGAGCCUGCCACCCUUCUUUGGCUGGAGUGCUUAUGUUCCUGAAGGUCUGAUGACUUCUUGUACGUGGGAUUACAUGACUUUUACUCCCUCGGUUCGGGCAUACACAAUGCUGCUCUUCAUCUUUGUCUUCUUCAUACCUCUCAUCGUCAUCAUCUACUGCUACGUCUUUAUCUUCCAUGCCAUUCAUAACAGUAAUCAAGAUGUGAGGAAGAUGAACAGGUACAAUACCAGAGACAAAGUGAAGAGAUUCAACAAGAUGAAGAAAGAGUGGAAAAUGGCCAAGGUUGCCCUGAUUGUCAUCCUGUUGUACGUCAUCUCCUGGUCCCCCUAUUCAAUUGUGGCCCUUACAGCGUUUGCUGGGUAUGCAGACAUGCUGACACCAUAUAUGAACUCGGUGCCUGCUGUGAUAGCCAAAGCUUCAGCAAUCCACAAUCCCAUCAUUUACGCCAUCACUCACCCCAAAUACAGAGUGGCUAUAGCAAAGUAUAUCCCAUGUCUGCGUGUACUGCUGUGUGUUCCUCAGAGGGAGCUCCACUCUCUCCACAGCAGUUUUAUAUCUACCAGACUGUCCACUGUAACCAACCGAGCCUCAGAUGUGUCUGGGAACUUGUCCCAAAACAGUACAGGCAAAUCUUACAUCUCCUCUGCCUCUGACAGUGAAUCUGAGGGAAAUGACAGCAUGGAUGGUGCUGCGAUCCAGAUCCCCAGAAUCGUGGUCACCUCUGAGUCUGGCCUGUUUCUGACUUCUGUGAAUUGACAUAUUGUGUUAUUGUAUUCUUUGCUGUGUUGAUAAAUUACUGGUUUUUGUUGGUUCACAUAUUCAUAUUAUUAUUAUUUUAUAUAUAUAAUAAAAGUGUCAGUUUUAUAAUAAGGUGGUUAUGUCAGGCUGCUUGUACGGAAAGAUGUAACCAACAAUCUCCAACCCAAUGUCAUUUAUCUUUUAUGAUUUUAUUUUAGAAUUGUACAGUGUGGUCCUAAUUCUGCUGGAUUUCUACUACUUUUUGUGUAUCUCUAAGGGUAUGUUAAUAUGUAUGUGAAAGUAUGUAUUGAACAUCACUACAAACAAAAAUUUAUGUGACUUUAUCAAUGUUCUAUAAAUGUGGUUGUUCUUAUUUAUUUUUAUUUUUUAAAUAAAGUUAUAACUUUC